AUGAGUGAACCAUUCAGGCGUAUGCCUGACCUUAACGACUGGCAGAUUACGAUGGGUCUACUUGCAGCUGAUAUUGGCCUGAUGACUCUCAAUGAUGACGAGACACACUCAGAGCCACAUACUGCGACUGCGGCUGUUCCUGACAUCUAUCCUGCUGUCACCUAUCAGCCUCACUACUGGCAAUAUUAUUUUGAGGUCUCACCUCAAGUCUACCACAACGCUGUGAACGUUGCUCCUCAGUACUAUCCAAACGCCUUUGAACCCAACCCUUUCUCACCCAACAACAACAACAACAUGGCUUACCCAUUUGGGCUGGCAGGGAACACCGAUUAUGGAGACUUCGAACGCUUCGAGACCUACUCAAUUGAGGAACUUCUGCAGCAAGCUUCGAUCCCUUUCGGUAGCAUCACCGGCAUGAACAUCCCUCCUCGCGAUGGUGUUCUGAUGAUUUCUAACAUCCCGUACACCGUGACUCGCCAGGAGGUAGCCUCGUUCCUUGGCCGUGGUGCCAACCUGCUCCCAUCCUCCGAAGGCUGUCCGAUCCAUAUCAUUAUGGAACGGUCUACCGGUAAGACCAUGGACGUCUUUGUCGAAUUUCCAACCAAUCAAGAUGCACAAGCUACCGUCGAUCGCAUCAGUAAUCACGCCUACGAUGCUGGCAGCGCCCCACGUAUGGGCAGCCGCCAUGUUGACAUCGAGAUGAGCAGCCCGGCCAAGCUGCUCAAGGCUAUUUUUCCCCGGGCGAAGUGCAUUUUAUGGGAGGACGGAAAGCCUGUUCAACUCCCCAACAAAGAUAGUUGGUCCACUGGUUUCGAUGGCUUCCUCACUGAUGAGGAACUGUUUUGCCUCAGUCGUCUUGCUGAGCAACCCCACCGUAGCGCAUUUGCUAGCAAGGUCCCCCAGCGAUGCUACGAAUCGUUCAUUACUACUAUCUGGAAGUUUCCGUGGCAGGCAACUCAUCUUUACACCGUUCACCACCGAAACGCUCUUUUCAAGACUCUUGGUACUUUUAUCAAGACCCUGGUGGAACGUAUGCAGAAAACAAACACAGUUGGUCUGGACAUCCGCCUUCUGAACGAGUUGGUGCAUGCAGGAAUCUGCUGUCCUGCUUUCAACCCUCGCAUGAAAUACUGCUUUGCCUGGUGGUCGGAAGAUAUGAGAGGAAUUGCAACAUUGGAUCAUGACUGGUGCCUCUAUUUCCCAUUCGACACCAUGACCUAUGUUCCCGGACAUCCCCCUACAACUAUCCAGUUUUACGCCUACCUCAUGUCUCACGGUGUUGUUCUGCGCACCGAGAAUGAUGGUCUUAUUAACAAGCACACUCAUCCCGAGAUAGAGCGGAUUUUCGGAAGAUUCUGGUUCGAGUGGCAUGACGACGCUGCCCGCGCCACCAUUUACAAAGAUGCAAUCAACUACGAAGCAAGCGUUCUUCGAAAGUUCAUAAUUACUGGAUACCAGCAUCUGCAUAAGAGAAAUACCAGCAUUUCAACCAUUGGCACUGCCCCUGCGUCCUCGCCAACCCACAGUACCACCUCGUUUGACAGCGAGCGUACUAUCUCGGCCUCUCGCACUGCCUCGAUGAACCCCGGUACUGCCUCUCGGGAAGGCUCUACCAUUUCGACUGCCCGCGACAUGACUGGCAGCGUCGAACGGGGUGACAACUGGAAUAUCCCUGGUAGCACCCGUGCUAGCUCUCAGCGUCUUGAUGCUGAUCAAUAUCUGUCGGAUACCCCCACUCGUCGUGCGCCCCCGUCAGUCCGCCCUUACCGUCCCCCACACCAGCGGGACGUCUCCCAGAGCGCCCACAACUGGCGUAUGCCCCGAGCUGAGGAUGCACCUGCGGCAAGCUCGAAUGAGAACCAGGGUCCUGUCCGCCCUGGUUACCGCGCUCCUCAUGCGACCGCACAGAACGUGCGGUCGUCCUCUGAUCCCUUCGCGCCGGGCCCUCCGGUUGCUCCCAGCAACCAUCGCUCCCGCUCUGACGCCGCCCACCUGUCCGCUUCUGGGUACCGCAAGCCCUCAAAGAAGUGA